UCUUUCUUCUUAUUAUUACUAGCAUUAUUUUGCCAGUAAUGUAAUAGUGUUUUUCUUGAGAUCUUCAAAUUAGUAACUGAAGAAGCUGCCUAUCUAUUUCACCACACCAAUUGCCCCCCUUCUUAAAUUUUCAUUCAAUAUUUUGCUCUGUUAUCAAUCAGUUAAAGCUGCAAAAAAUAAUAACAGCUUUUUUGUAUGAGUUUUCUCUGUCUCUACUAAACUUAGCCUUUAAUUAAAUGCUCUUUCUGAUUCUCAUAAUCAGAUACGAUUAUUAUUUCCUUUAGCACUUUUGUUUUGGAAUUUGAAAAUUUCAAACUGUUUUUGAUUAUGGAUUCAAAAUUGAUGAAACCAUUGCCGAAAACAUUGAUGCUGAAGGAUUACUUGUUGGAUGAUUUGAGUUCCUGCUCAUCAAGCGGUUUCCGAUCAUAUCCUCGCCGGCAAUGCUGCACUACUGUUCGAUUUCUUCUCGAAAUUGACUUGAAGAACAAGUCUCAACCAGCACUUCCGCCGCCGUCGUACAAGACGAAUGUUAAACCAAUACUCCGGUCAAAACUAGCGCCGCCGUCGGCGGCGAUGGCAGCAAAGGUUUCUGCAUUUCAGAAAGCUUCCGUGGCGGUGAUCAAUGCCGUGAAACACCUCCCGUUCGCCGGAGCGAGGUCUUCAUCGACGUCGAAGAAGAAGAAGCCGAUGAUGAGAACAAUUUUUCCGAGGAGUCUUUCGCGAAAGCUGAAACGAAGCUUCUGGAAGAAAAGCGAUCACAAGGAGAUCUACUGGUGGACGGCUUUCAACAGGUUAGAUAAAGAGGAAUUAAAAUCACCGGUAUUUUCUCCGGUUCUUAUUGGCAAAAUUGCCGGAGAUUCAAAUAGCUCAACAACGACUGCGAACAAGAGUAAGAGUAAAUGUAACAGUAACAGCUGGUCAGAUAGUGAUUUCACUGCUUCAAGUAAUAAUUCACUGCAAACAUCAAGCGCUAAUUCGGAGGUUAACUCGACGGAAACUGUAAACCGCGCCGUAGCAUCGACGAAAUUAGGAACGGAAAACGUGAUUUGCAGCAAAAAAGUUGGCGCAACUACCGGUGAUGAUUCAUCAGAUUCAACUAUAAGCAGUCACGGUAGCUCUACAAACUCUCCUAACACAAAGAAACCUUGGCCAAAUGAAGAGAAAGAACAGUUUAGUCCAGUGUCUACAUUGGAUUGUCCAUUUGAUGAUGAAGAUGAGGUUUCUUCACCCUUUCAACAUAGAUUAACUCGUGUCGAAGGAACUACUAAGAAACUCAUGAAGAGGAUCAAACGAUUCGAGUGUCUCACUGAACUGGAACCAUUAAACUUAGAUAAACGAAUCGCGUCCUCAGAAUCAGAGAGUGAAUCCCCUAUCAACAAUUCAUCAGAAACUGAAGUUGAUGAGGAGGAAGAAGAGGACAAACAGACAGUUGAAAGCAAAGCAAUAGAUUUGGUUCAAGAAUUGAAAGCCUCAAUGCCAUCUUAUAGCUUAAAAUUAAAAACAGAGAAAUUCCUCUUUGAUUUCUUCAAGGAGAGGAUUCUCAAUGGUGAUGAUGAAUUCAAGAACAAGAUGUUGGAACUAGCACAAGACUUGAUAAAUGGAAAACCAAUUGAUGUACUUUUAGAUUGGAAGGUGCAAGAAAACAGGAUGGCUUACAUUCGAGCCAUUGAAAGUCGAGGCGAAUGGAAGAACACAGAGGUAGAGAAACAAGAAGUGAUAUUGGAAUUGGAAGUUGACAUCUUUGCAUCUUUGAUGAAUGAGGUCUUAGUUGAUAGCAUCUCUAGCUAGCAGAGUGUGUCGGUAAUAACAUAGCAUAGUUAACAGGGAGUUUAGAGGGGAAAUAGGGAAACAUUAUGUUCAAUUCUCAAGGUUGUUUUUGUCAUUCAAUUGUUGGCAGAUGAAUAAUAUGGCUA